AUGGUGAACGACGAGAAUCGGGAGAAGAGGGGCUACUCGCAGCAAGCGCCGGAAACCAACAAAGAAAAGGAUGAGGUCGACGAGAUGUCUGCGCCUACCCGAGCAACCAGCGAAUCGGAGAAACAAGGGUCGUCAAAUCCUCUUCAGCAGGCGAUUCCGGUGCCGGUUUUCAUUGGGGAUCAAACGGCACGUGUCAUUACAAAUGAUGACGGAACAAUGGUCAAGGAAAGUCUCGACGAGCAUGCAAAGCCAUAUAACGAUGUCCACGAAUUGAGGCAUGAUUUGAAUCUGCUAGGAAGGAAAUAUACCAUUGACGAAUUACAACUGGCUGCGCUGAAGUGGUCUGGAACGCCGCUGCCCGACUUUUGGUACAAGGAGUUUCGCUCUAAACGCGGCUUGACGAGCACGCUUUUGUCAAUUUUGCUGCGCGAGGGCAAGGCUCUUUUUCGCUAUCCUACUGGAAUCUUGUGGCGUAAUCUGGAAGGCGAUCAGACACAAGCUGUUCAGCCUGCUGUCGGUGAUGGGUUGCCAGCUGAAGAAUUUUCUCCCUCCGAUGAAGAUAAUUCACCAAAGAGUUUUGUGGAACACGAUGAAAGCCACACCAUCGAAAUUGUAGCAGCUGGGGGAGGAAAUGAGCCAAAUCAACAAGCCCUGAUGUGCGGGCACUGCCACUGGAGUAUCGGGCCGGAUGAAAUUUGGAAGGGUAGCGAACCGGUGGUCUGCGAUGCGUUGAUCGACAGAACGCCAAUGGACAAGUUCGCGAAGUACUACACGGAUUUCGUGAGCCCCCCGCUUGCGCCUGUCUACAGGCCCACUGCCGAGGAGUUCACCGAUCCGAUCGCAUACGUGGCCAAAAUCAAGCCGGAAGCUGAGAAGUAUGGUGUGGUGAAGAUUGUGCCGCCGUCGAAUUUCGUGCCAACAUUCGUGAUCGACGGUUCGACGUUCGAAUUCACGCCGCGCGUCCAAAAGCUCAACGAAAUCGAGGCAUCGAUUCGCGAGAAGAUCGCCUUUCUCGAAAAGCUGCUCAAUUUCUGGAGACUUCAGGGUAUCGAUCUGGACAUUGUCAUCAUCGAGAAGAUCUACAUCGAUCUGUACCGCCUUCACACUAUGGUCACGAAAUACGCCGACCCGGAGACGAACUGGGCCAACAAGGCCAAGAAGGUCAACUGGCCGGCCAUCGGCAAGGCGUUGGGCUUCAAGAAUUCACAGUCUACCGCCAAAUUGCGCGACAAUUAUCAAAGAUACGUGCAGCCCUAUUUGGAGAAGACGACGAAUUCGGCCCUGAAAAAGGAAGAGCAGUCAGAUGAGGAAUGUGACGAUGAAGAUGAGGGAAAUGACAACGAGAACCUGCGAAUGAGCAUGCAGGGCGGAAAGCGACGUCGUGCCGGGCGAAUGAUGGCCGGCGCUCCGAUGCCCAAACAACACGGCGGCAAGAAAAGGAAACAUCACGAUCCGAUGGCCAACGUCUUUUGCAUCAAAUGCCGCCGGGGGGACAAUGAGGCGAAACUGUUGCUGUGUGAGGGAUGCGAUCUCUCCAUGCACACCUUCUGCUGUCAACCACCGCUUGGCGCUGUCCCAAAGGGCGAAUGGCACUGCUCCGACUGCUCGGCCGACAAGAUCGUGGAGGCGGGCUCGAACUUCGGCUUCUACGAUGCGAACACUUCCUACAAUCUCGACACUUUCCGCGAAUUUGCCGACAAAUUCAAGAAGGAAUACUUUCGCAAGCCUCUCAACGAGAUCACGCUCGAAGAGGUGGAGAAGGAAUUCUGGCGGAACAUCAUCCGCGAGGAGGCCGUCUCCGUCAAGUAUGGUGCCGAUUUGCGGGUUGAUAAGGUGGGCAGCGGUUUCCCGCGUCGCGACGAGGAUCAUCGAGGGGCAGACGCAAAGGCACGCCAUCACUACGCCCAUCACCCGUGGAAUCUCAACAAUCUGCCCGUAUUGAAGGAUUCCGUGCUGUCCCACAUCGACUGUGAUAUACCUGGAAUGAUGAUCCCGUGGGUGUACGUGGGGAUGUGCUUCAGCACUUUCUGCUGGCAUACCGAGGACCAUUGGACGUAUUCCAUCAACUACAACCACAGGGGCGAGCACAAGGUGUGGUAUGGGGUUGCCGGUGCCGAUGCCGAACGCUUUGAAGACGCGGUCCGUUCGAUCUCGCCGGGUCUCUUCUCGGCGCAGAGGGAUUUGCUGCAUCAUAUGACGGUGGCUGUCAAUCCACAGGUGUUGAUCGCGAAACGAGUGCCGGUGUGGACUGUGCAUCAGGGUGCCGGCGAAUUCGUGAUCACGUUUCCGCGUGCCUACCAUGCCGGCUUCAACGAGGGCUUCAACGUCGCCGAGGCCGUCAAUUUUGCGCCGACCGAUUGGCUUCGUAUGGGUCGGGAAGCGGUUGGCGCAUAUGCGGAUGUCCGUCGCACAUGUGUCUUCUCGCAUGAAGAACUGGUGAUGUCGAUGGCCGUGGCUGAGAAUGGGCGUCUAUCGCCACCAAUGUGUGUUGCCGCUUAUGAGGAACUCGUCGCCAUUGGCGAGCGCGAGGUGAAGCGCAGAGGGCGUGUUGCCGGGCUCGGCAUCCGUUCCUGCGAUCGAGUGCAAUGGGAAAAGAUGCCGGACGAGCAGCGAGAAUGCCGUUUCUGCCACACGACAGUCUACCUGUCUGCUGUUGGUUGUUCUCAUGGCCGUCUCGUCUGUCUCGAUCACGUCGACAAGCUCUGUCACCAUUGCACCAUCGAUCAGAUGUCACUCAAAUAUCGACACGAUCUGAUCGAAUACAAGGAAAUUCUCCUCCGGCUGCAGCCAAUGGCCGAAGAGUAUGUCAAGUGGCAACAGCAGGCACGCCGUCUACUCGACUCACCCAAAUGCAAACCCACACUGAAGCAAAUCGACGAGCUGCUGGCGCAGGCGCGUCACGCGAAAUUCCCGGCGUCGGAAGUGCGGGAUCGGCUGAUGGAGACGCAUAGCAGCUGUACGGCUGCCAUUGACAGGGCACGGCAAAUUAUCAAGGGAAAAGUCAAGUUUCGUACGACGACACGUAUGCAACGAGCCGACACUCGACCCUCAAUUUCCGAUGUACGACAAUUGACGGGAGAGCUGAAGGCGUUGCCGUGUAAUGUACAGCUGAUUGUACAAGAGCUGGGCGGGCUGAUGAAUCGAGUGAAUCGAUGGAUGGAUGAAGCGGAAGAAUUGAAGGGAAGAGCCGAACAGCUAGGCAUCAAAAAAGAAGAAGAAGAUGGGGAGCAUGAGGAGGACGAAGGAGAGGAUGAGCAAGCACUGAUGGACAGUCUACGGAAAGCUGUCGAAACGGGCGAACAGUUUGGGCUGAGAAUGGACGAGUUGGAACAGCUGGAAAAGACUCUUCGACUGUGUGAAUGGCGACGGAGGGCGCAACAGAUUGUUGAAUGGCAGCCAUGGGAAGGAAUGGAGGAUCAAGACGAUUUUCUCACUCGACAACGAUCUUCCACAAAACACAUCAUCGCCCUUGGAGAUGAGGGUCGUUCGGUGGGUGAUCCGGAAUUCGAGCAUCCAUCCGGCAUCUAUCAACGGCUACACACAAAGAUGAAGCGGGCCCUCGUCCAUGAUAACAAGUGCGAAGACUGGCUGCGUAAGGGGGAUCGUGGCGUCGCCCAGCUCGAGGCCCUCUGGCAAGAAGUACGCGAAUCGGACUGGAUGAGCGGUGACGGUCUGGACGCGAUUCGUGAUGAGGUUGUCCUGACGAGGGAAUUGGCUGCCCAAUUCGACGACAGCGAGCUGUCACUCGUCGAUUUGGAGGGACUUGUCGCCGAAUGCAAAAAGUCGGUGACCCUUCGCGAUUCGCCGGAAAUCAAGAGACUGGCUGAUGCGGGGGAUCGUCUCGUCCAAUUCACCGAUCGACUGUCCGCCCUAUUCCAUUGUCCCAACUCCUACUACACACUCUAUGAUAUGCUCGUUGGACGGGAAGAUUUGGCACCGAUCCUCGAAGGACAACCAUGUGUACUGCUCAAACGGGAAAAGAGUCGCCCGGCCGUAUUUGAAUGGGAUCAAUUGGUGGAUUUCGACGAUUCGGACGAAGUGAAGGCGCACUGCUCGAAACUGUCGGACGGGGAAUACUAUCGAAUGGUCGCCCUGAGACGCUACUACUCUGAGAAACCGAUCGCCGAGUCGUGUGUCUGUCAACAAGAAAAAGAACAACAUCUCCCGACCAUCGUCUGUUUCCAGUGCUUCGGACGAUCACACGUGGACUGCGUGGAAUGGAAUCAAUUCCUCCGAGAUCUACCCGAGGGGACAUUCCUAUGCAUUCGUUGUCUCCGCUCUCGUCGGCCAUUUCGUGAAGAUAUCAUGGCGGCAAUGGCUCAACUCGGCGGUGUACAAUCUCCUGAGAUCACCCUGGUGCGAGAAGCGCUGAAGAGAUCCGAGACGGCAUAUCGUGCAUUGAUCGACGGGGGACCAUUUGGAAGCUCAGCCGAUCUCAGCGAGACACAACGCGAAAAAAUGGACGCGUUGAUCGUGGGAUGUCUGGCGAGUGAGAUAGUGAUCCACGAUUUGAUGCCCCGUCUCAAUGAAUAUAUUCGCAUAUUACACGCCGAUACUCUUCACGCCCAACGGCAUCUCAUGCUAAACGUUCGUGCCCGGCCGAUUCGCCCUGAAGCCCCGUCCCGUCUUUUUGAUCUCAACCAGUCCAGGAAACGGCAGAAAAAGGCGGGCCAAUCGAAGAAGCGCAAAAAGGGCGAGAAACACACCGAAAAAGAGGUCUACCACGACGAUGAUCAAAUGUGUGGCGCCGAUCUUUGCCUCAAACCGACGUCGGACCACCUGAAUUGGAUACUUUGCGAGCCGGGCUGUGGCCGAUGGUAUCACAAUAUAUGUGUCGGACUGACCAAGGCGCAGGCGGAGGAUAUGGAGCACUACAAUUGCUACAAAUGCCAUCGGCCGCCGGCCGAAGGAGGAGAAGAUGAAGUGGAUGAUCAUCUACAGCAGCAGCCAGUCGCCGGGUCCAGCCAA